CGCAUUUUGACAUUUUAUGUUUUAACCUGUUUGUUGUUGAGUGGCAUCGUGUUUUUCUGUUAUUUUGUUGUAAUUGCGUUAAAUUUGUGUUAAGUUUCAGUGUUGUAUCUUAAACUAGUAACUUUUACGCUUAAGUAACAAUGAGUUCCCCGGCCCCAGACACGCCAUCAGACCGAGAUGGGGCGCGGUCUCGCAUGACAUCACCGGCGCGCGACUAUGAGAUGUUUGAGGAUGAGAGCGCCAUACUCGGAGACAACCCGCUCGAGGAGGAAGAGGAAGAUGGAGAGGAGCUGUUCAAUGAUAACAUGGAGGCGGACUACCGCCCCAUGCCAGGAUUGGAUCGCUAUGACGCUGCAGACCUCGAUGAUGAUAACUAUGACCCCAUGUCCAUUGAAGACAGGCGGGCGGCUGAACAAGAGCUCCGCCGCAGAGACAGAGAGGAAGGGAGGAGGCGGGAUGACCAAGGCUUGCUUUAUGAUGAGUCAGAUGAAGAGGAUGGUGAUGCCCCACGCGCCAAGCGUCGCCGAGCCGCCGAAAAGGCCGCCACCGGCGCCGAGGAACAGGUCGAGGAAGGCAUCGAGAGUAUCGAGAACCUUGAGGACACCAAGGGGUACACCACUAAGGAAUGGGUGUCCAUGUUGGGACCCAGGACAGAGAUUGCUAACAGAUUCAAGAAUUUCCUCCGCACCUUCACAAACAGCAAAGGCCAGUAUGUGUACAAAGAGCGUAUACGGCGUAUGUGUGAACACAAUCAAGCCUCCUUCCACGUGGAGUUUGAUGUCCUUGCCCGGCGUGAGCAGGUGCUCGCGUACUUCUUGCCCGAGGCGCCGUUCCAGAUGCUGCAAAUCUUCGACGAGGUGGCCAAAGACGUGGUGCUCCAGAUGUUCCCUAGUUAUGAGCGAGUUACGUCAGAGAUACACGUGCGGAUAUCGGACUUGCCACUCAUUGAGGAACUCAGAACCUUCCGCAAGCUUCACUUGAACCAGCUGGUCCGAACUGUAGGCGUCAUCACAGCUACCACCGGAGUACUGCCUCAGUUGUCAGUAGUGAAGUAUGACUGUAACCGGUGCGGAUACAUCUUGGGCCCGUUUGUGCAGUCGCAGAACUCGGAAGUGAAGCCUGGGUCUUGUCCCGAGUGUCAGAGUGCUGGCCCUUUCAUGGUAAACAUGGAGCAAACAGUAUACAGAAACUACCAGAAGGUGACCAUCCAAGAGUCCCCUGGGCGUAUCCCCGCCGGCCGCAUCCCGCGCUCCAAAGACUGCAUACUGUUGGCUGAUCUGUGCGACCGCUGCAAGCCGGGGGACGAAGUGGACCUCACUGGCAUUUACACUAAUAAUUAUGAUGGCUCGCUUAACACGGAACAGGGUUUCCCAGUAUUCGCAACAGUAAUUAUCGCUAAUUACAUAGUAGUGAAGGAUUGCAAGCACAUCGUAGAAUCUCUAACCGACGAAGAUAUCGCUAACAUCGUCAAGUUAUCCAAGGACCCUCGUAUUGGAGAACGUAUAGUGCAAAGCAUGGCACCUAGUAUAUAUGGGCACGAUUAUAUCAAGAGAGGGCUUGCAUUGGCGCUGUUUGGCGGUGAAUCUAAGAAUCCAGGCGAUAAGCACAAAGUGAGAGGCGAUAUCAAUGUUUUAAUCUGUGGCGACCCCGGUACUGCCAAAUCUCAGUUCCUGAAGUACACAGAAAAGAUUGCUCCAAGAGCGGUGUUUACCACUGGCCAAGGCGCUAGCGCCGUCGGUUUGACAGCUUAUGUGAGAAAGAACCCCACCACAAGGGACUGGACGCUAGAGGCCGGCGCGCUCGUACUAGCGGACCGCGGCGUGUGCCUCAUCGACGAGUUCGACAAGAUGAACGACCAGGACCGCACCUCCAUCCACGAGGCCAUGGAGCAGCAGUCCAUCUCGAUCUCCAAGGCUGGCAUCGUCACUUCCCUGCACGCCAGGUGUUCAAUAAUAGCAGCGGCCAAUCCGAUCGGCGGACGGUACGACGCGUCCCUGACGUUCUCCGAGAACGUGAACCUGUCGGAACCGAUCCUGUCGCGUUUCGACGUGCUGUGCGUCGUGCGGGACGAACCGGAGCCGAUGCGUGACGCGCACCUCGCCAAAUUCGUAGUAUCCUCCCACAUCCGUCACCACCCGACGCAGCGCGGCCAAGCUAUUGAAGAGAACGAGCUGACCGACCCGGACUUCGCGCUGCCCCAAGACUUGCUCAAGAAAUACAUCGUGUACGCGAGGGAGAACGUGAGACCCAAACUACAGAAUAUGGAUCAAGACAAAGUGGCAAAGAUGUACAGUCAACUGCGUCAGGAAUCACUCGCCACGGGCAGCUUACCCAUCACAGUUAGACACAUUGAAUCUGUGAUCCGCAUGAGCGAGGCGCACGCGCGCAUGCACCUGCGCGCGCAGGUGUGCGAGGAGGACGUGAACAUGGCCAUCCGCACCAUGCUGGAGAGCUUCGUCGACACGCAGAAGUACAGCGUCAUGCGCGCCAUGCGACAGACAUUCCAAAAAUACCUCUCCUACAAGAAAGACCACAGCGAGCUCCUCUACUACAUCCUCCGCCAGCUCACCAUGGACCAGCUCGCCUACAUGCGCGGCCUCCACAACCACUCCCAAUCCACCAUCGAAAUAUCAGAGCGGGACCUCCUGGAGCGAGCGAGACAGAUCAACAUUACGGACCUGAAGCCUUUCUAUGACAGCCGGAUCUUCAAGAUGAACAGCUUCAGCUAUGAUCAGAAGAGGAAGGUGAUUAUACACACGCUGCCUGAAGCGCCUGCUGAGGCAUAG